AUGGGUACUCCUGGUCCUACCACUCUGCAGCUGGAGAACUGUACUGCAGCUGAUGCUUUUGGCAGCAGAGGAGCCCUGGAGGCUGGGCUGGGAUUGAAGGUGCGUGCAACCACGCCCUGUGUGACACUGCAGUUUCUGCUUGGUCUAGUGGUAGCCAUUGGUCUUCUUCCUUGGGUGACUUCUGGCCAGGAUAAUGAAGGACCAGGGGCUUCAUGUGUCUACUGGACAGCAGAAGGGCAUUUCUGGGAGCCCAGGUGCUCGUUGUGGAGGACAGCAGGGAUCUGGUUCCUCUCUACUGCCCUAGAGCAGUCCAUGGACAGCACCACUGAAGGAGGUGGCCUGCAGACGCCAAGGAUGGACAUGAUGCUGCAGGUCAUUUUUCCUAGCAUGAACCACAGGAAUUGGACCGUCCAUCGACUCAGGCUCCUCCUGCAGUACCACAUGCCCAGGGAUUUGGACUGUGCUCAGCAACGGCUGUGGCAACUCCACAAUCUUGAGAAAGGGCCCCUCCUUAGCCCUUGGGCUUUCAAGCAUCUGUUCCUUACAGGCCUUGCCUGUGUCUACUGACUCCAUAGGGCUAGUGAGACUGAGGAAAGGGGUCAUUGGACCUAGGCCUUUGACCUCCUGGCACAGGAAACACUCUGGGGCCUGUGCAAGGAUGUCUGUCCCCAGGGCCAGCAUCUUUCUCUGGUAUCCUGGGCUUCCAUCCUUGACCUAGCCUCUGACCCUUCUCUUUCACUUGAUGGUUUCUAUUCUCUUUUCCCUUUCCCUGUCCUGGGCAAGUGCUCUAUCUAG